AUUUUCAAUAUUAUAAAUUUUUAAUUCUAUUUUUAAUUUGUUUCUUGUCUUCCUUUUCAAACAUUUGAAUGCUAACAAGACAAAGUUCCUCAGAGCAAAUGAAACUGCACCUUCCAACCUUUUCAACACAUUUCAUCAACCAUCAAACCUCAAACAUAUCGAACAAAAAACAGCUUCGUUAGAACCAAUUUUCCGUUGACCCCAUUAUUUAUAUUAUAGAAGGUGCACGAGAGAUAGAGAGAGAGAAGGUGAGGUGAUGGUGAUGAAGGAGAGAGAUGAAGAGCUUGCUUUGUUUCUUGAGAUGAGGAGGAGAGAGAAAGAGAAUGAGAAGAACAAUCUUCUUCUCUUUCAGAAUUCUGAUGAACUUGAUUUUUCCAAUUUGGAAUCCAAUCAUGAGAACUCUAUGGUUUCUGAUAUGGUUUCUUCAGUUCCACCAAAGAAGACAGUGGUUGAAGAGUUCUUGAAUUCAGAGAAUGACAAGUCUGAUUACGAAUGGCUUCUUACUCCGCCAGAUACACCACUUUUCCCUACUUUGGACAAGGAAUCACAGAUAUCAGUAAAGAGUGAAACGGAGACACGCAAUUCUCGUCCAACUGCUUUAAAACCAAGGGUAUCGAAUAUCCAAACAGAACCUACUUCAAGAAGCAAUGUAGUUUCUAAGAAUCAUGCAGCAAUGACAGGACUAAGUUCUUCCAUUAAUAGCAGUAAGAGAAUUUCAUCGUCACGAGGUCCAUCUCCAGCUACUUCAAGGUCUUCAACUCCAUCUGGAAGGCCAAUAUUACCGUCAAUAACCAAAUCGUCUAGGCCAUCUACGCCUACCUCCCGAGCCACGGUAGCUUCUACUAAGUCAACAGCUCCACCGGUGAGAACGUCAACUCCUACUAGAUCCGCUUCGAGGGCUUCAACGCCUACUUCAAAGCCUUCCGUGACAGCUCCUAAGACAUCUCAAAGAUCAAUAACUCCAAGUAUUCGAUCAUCAACUCCGUCAAGGGCAUUUGGAGUAUCUGCUCCUUCGGCUCGACCUUCGUCAGCAUCAAAAGCACGCCCUGUUGUUGUUGUGAAGAGUCCGGUGCAAUCACGUGGCAUCUCUCCAGCCGUAAAAUCUAGACCGUGGAAACCCCCACAAAUUGCUGGAUUUUCUAAUGAAGCUCCUCCGAAUUUGAAGACGUUGUUGCCAGAAAGGCCGGCUUCAGUCACUAGAAAUAGACCCGGAGUUCCAAAUUCGAGAUCAGCUUCUGUUGAGGUGACUAGCAAUGCAAAAUCUAGAAGAAAGUCAAUCACACCUUCGAAAGGACACCCUACAACCAGGCUUCCUCAUAAUAAUCAUAGCUCCAUGCAUGCUUUGAGUAGAGCUCGUUUCACCGAUGGUGAUGAAGAAAGUCCUGUUAUAAUCGGGACAAAAAUGGUCGAAAGAGUAGUAAACAUGAGAAAACUUGCACCACCAAAGCACGACGAUCCUUCUGCUAACAACAAUUCUUAUGGAAAAUCGUCUUCAUCUAGUAGCACUGGAUUCGGAAGCACACUUUCAAAGAAAUCUUUAGAUAUGGCAAUGAGGCAUAUGGACAUAAGGCGAAGCGUUCAUGGUAAUAUGCGGCCACACGUGACGAGCAUUCCAGCUGUGUCUACAUACAGUAUACGAUCAGGAAGUUCAUCAAAGAGCGGGACAGUUAGUUUUUCUGAUUCGCCACAUGCGACAAGCAGCACGGCUAGCUCGGAACCGAGUGUAAAUAAUAGCUCCAUAUCUUAUGGAAGUGAGAUUGAAGAAAGUGAUUUUUAGAAGAUGGUUUAUUGAAUCAUCAGCACUCAUAUGAUUGUCAAGGCAUGGCUUUUGCCUUUUUUAUUUGUAUGUGGUGGAACUGUUUUCCAUGUGAAUGUGCUAAUGGUAGAAAGUUUGCAACAUUGUCUACAAGUGUUGUGGUAAAAUGGGAUGAACUUUGUUGUAGGAAACUAUAUAGGUGUAAGUUUGUUUGUGGUACAAGAAUCAUUGUGCUGAACAUUUUGAAUUAUCAAUUGAUGAGUUUGUUCAAUUGUUACUUGAUAAAUUUGCGUUGAAGGUUCACUAUUUUGCUUUUGAUAAA